UCGGUCUCAAUACUAUCGUUCCCGUAACGGUGAAAGCCACUCUGUAAAAUCAGUCUCUACUUAAAAACUGAGAAGCCGGUGAAUGAGGCAACCACUCCGCCACCCUCCCCGCCCUUUUAAAUCAAUGGCAGUUUUCCAAAUCCGGCAACCCAAUCCCCCUCUUUUUCACUCAUAAAUUAACAUCAACCCUAAAUCGUCCCUAGAAAUCCUCCAAAAACGUGAAAUCAUCCCCAAUGGCGAUCCACGCGAAGACCGACUCCGAUUUAACCAGCAUAGAGACCUCAUCGCCGCCGCGAUCUCCCCGGCGGCCGAGCUAUUAUGUGAUGAGUCCAAUCAACCCGGAGGCAGACAGGACGUCGAUGUUCGAUCUUAGUCCGAACGAGUCCCCGAUCCAUUAUCACUAUCUCAGCCAUCAACGGUAUAUCUCUCGAGAGUUUUCUGCCUCGCGAUUCUCUGCUUCGCAUAAGACUGGGUACUGGAGAAGGUUUCCGCCAGAGAUGCGGUUCUAUGGUGGCGAUGGGUGUGAGGAGGGAGAGGAGCUGGAGGAGGAGGAGGAGGAGCAGGAGAGAUGGGGGAUUCGAUGCUAUGCUGCCAUGUUUGUGAUCGGAUUCUUUUUAAUCUUUGGUCUGUUUUCAAUCAUUCUGUGGAGCGCGAGUAAAGCACAUGAACCCAAAAUCACUGUGCAGGUUCUUCUUCUCCAUUUUUUCUCCCUUACUUUUUACGAGCAAGUAUAUAGAGACCACCCAAAACUCACUAUUUACAAAUUAACCACCCCCUUACCUAAAUUUUUCAAUUUGGAUUUCAACUCAAUUUUUGUAUGA